GCUCGCAUUGACAGCAGUCAAACUUCGCUUCAGCACACGCGCGUCGUCAUGGGAUUACAGAAAGCCCAAACUUUAGCACUGGAGUUUACUCAUGCUUGUUCUUUUGCGCUCAAAACAACACUUCGGGAACCGCGUCUAUAGUCAAUGUGCCUGGCACGAGUUUCGAUAAAACAGAUGUGCAUUAAAUGCACUGUUUAAAGUGUUAAUCAUUCAUACUGAGAUGGAUUUAACAUAUGGAGAUGAGCAAGAAGAGUUCCAGUUCAGCCGAUCAUCUGUUGAAGGCAGUUCAAGCGGAGAGUCUUCAUUCUCACUCGAGUUGGGUCCAAGGAAAAGACUGUCAGUGGAUGAGGAAAGGUGUGCCAGUAGACCACCACCUGAAGGUGCAGGAGCGGUGAGCGUCUCGGAGUCAGACAGGGAUGAGACGAAAGCAGAUCUGUGCAAGCAAUGUCAGAUGACCGUAGUUGAACUAAGGAGACAAGCCUUCGCUCUGGCCGAUCCCACAUCCUUGAAGGACCCUGGAUUUGCUUCCUUCAUCAUUGACCAGCUGCAAGUCCCUGAUUGGCCAGCGAAACGUGGGCAUGAAGAAACAAGGUGCCAUGUGUGUGCCACACCAGCACAGCAGCUAAGACAGCAAGCACUCCAGGAACUAUACCUGGAUUCUGACAUGCCAUCAUUGCCUCCCAGCACCUUCCCUGGACAUCCCACCAGGUUGACCACUCACAGUGUGGUAACUCUUUCCUCUAGAGCUGCAAAAUCCAGGAUACCUCACCCAGCGCACAGCAUCCUGCCUGUGGGUGAGAGACAGCGUGAAAUGGGCUGGACUCAGAACCCGUCUUCCAGCACUACUGCACUGAAGCCUGGUGUACAGGUGACCGUGAGUGGAAGACCUUUGACGGGAGCCAUCAGCUCAGUUACCAUUCAAGCCCAGCAGUACCUGGAAGGGAUGUGGAGCAUCUCACGUGUAAAUAACUUCCUGCCUCAACCAAGCCCAACACAAGCCCUCAUGAGUCAAGCAGAACAGAGCGACUCGUCCUCGGACACAUCCAUCUCUAAAGUGUCUCUAACACCCUCCAGACGGAGAAGUCCGGUUCAGUUUGGCCAGGACGGGUCCCCUUCCAUCCAGCAGCCAAGCUCAGCUGCAGCAUCCUUCUUCAUCAAGGCUGCUCAAAAGCUGAACCUGUCAUCCAAAAGGAAGAAACAGCAGCCACCACUGGCAUACUCCCCGGAGCCCUCCAUCUACCCCACUAACUUUAGUGCUGUUCUCCAGUUUUCUCCUCCACCUGCUCCACCAUGUCUGCUCAGGGCGGGGUCAAAGGCCAAGGAGAACCCUGGCAUGGGCAAGGUCAAAGUGAUGAUGCGCAUCUGUCCAACUCUGGGAGUUCUGGAUUCGUCUGAGUCCAUGUCCUUCCUAAAGGUGGACACUCGUAAGAAACAGUUGACCCUCUACGAUCCCUCACUCAACACACAGCCCACCUCAGUGCACAGACGUGCAGCGCUGCCCGCCCCAAAGAUGUUUGCCUUCGAUGCUGUUUUUUCCCAAGAUGCCUCUCAAGCUGAAGUUUGCUCAGGGACAGUGGCUGAAGUUAUUCAAUCCGUGGUCAAUGGAGCUGAUGGUUGCAUUUUCUGCUUUGGUCAUGUCAAUGUUGGCAAGACAUACACCAUGAUUGGCACGGACAGCUCCACGCAGAGCAUUGGCAUUGCGCCCUGUGCCAUUUCCUGGCUUUUCAAGCUCAUCAACGAGAGAAAGGAGAAGACUGGCACGCGCUUCUCGGUCCGGGUGUCAGCUGUAGAAAUCUAUGGCAAGGAUGAGAGCUUGCAAGACCUGCUGUCUGACGUUCCUACAGGAAGCAUGCAGGAUGGACAGUCGCCUGGUGUCUACUUGCGUGAAGACCCUAUCUGUGGAACGCAGCUUCAAAACCAGAGCGAGUUACGAGCUCCCACCGCAGAAAAGGCCGCCCUUUUUCUUGAUGCAGCCAUCGCAGCACGAAGCACCAGCCGGCCGGAUGCAGAUGAGGAAGACCGCCGCAAUUCCCACAUGCUGUUCACCCUUCACAUCUAUCAGUACCGCAUGGAGAAGAGCGGAAAGGGUGGAAUGUCUGGUGGCAGGAGCAGAUUGCAUCUGAUUGAUCUGGGAAGCUGUGAGAAAGUCCUGAGUAAAAGCAGGGAUGGAGGAGGAGGACUGUGCCUGUCUCUCACGGCGUUAGGGAAUGUCAUACUGGCACUGGCCAAUGGAGCCAAACACGUUCCAUAUAGGGAUAGUAAGCUUACAAUGUUACUGCGAGACUCCCUGGGGAACAUCAACUGUAGGACAACCAUGAUUGCCCACAUUUCUGACUCCCCUGCCAAUUAUACAGAUUCUCUCACCACCAUUCAGUUGGCCUCUCGAAUUCAUCGCAUGAGGAAAAAGAAAUCAAAGUAUGCAUCCAGUUCUUCUGGAGGAGAGAGUUCCUGUGAUGAAAGAAGGAUUCGUCGACCACCACACUUGCGUCCCUUCCAUCCUCGAACUGUGGCCCUUGACCCAGAUCUCCCGUUAAUGCUCAGUGAUCCAGACUAUUCUUCAAGCAGCGAGCAAUCAUGCGACACUGUCAUUUACGUUGGCCCUGGCGGAGCUGCCCUCUCCGAUCGAGAGCUCAGUGACAAUGAAGGUCCUCCAGCCUUUGUUCCUAUCAUACCUUCACUUAACCGUAAACAACGAGGGAAAGAAGGGCCAGUUGACCGUGAUCUCUUCAAAUGCAACACCUUUGCUGAGCUUCAGGAGCGAUUGGAAUGUAUUGAUGGAAGUGAGGAACCUACAGCAUUUGUUGGAGAAUCCGGAGGAAAUUCUGCAAGCCCUAAAUUGGAGCGUAGUGCAGACACAUUGAAAGAAGACUCUUCUAGUUCAAUUUCAGCUUCUCCCAAGGCUCAUACCAAAGCAUCUUCAUCAACGCAGGAAAACAUUUCCAUACAAUCAAUAUCUGAAGCUAGUAGAUUGCCAGGCAGUCCAAAACACAAGUCCAAAUUAGAACAUUCCAAGUGGCAAAGUGCUAACAUGACAGACAAAGAUCAGAGAGACAUGUCUGAGUUUGUGUGUAGGACAAGUGCAGAUGGGGAGAAGCAGCAACUGCUGGACAAUGUAGCUCUCCAAUGCACUCCAGAAAAACAAAGUAAAUCAAUCGCAUCCCAAAAUGUAGAGCCUGUGGUUAGAGAAAAAGUAUUUUUUAAUAAAAAACAGUUACCCAGGCCAGCUCCCCCACCACCACAACAGAGAGACUUUGUCAGGGUCAGUAGUAAAGCAGAAGAAAAGUCUACCACAAGGAUACCACCAAUUGGAAUGAGCCAUCAAAAAAGUAGUGAUUCAAAUAUAAACUUAUCUGUGAGGGUCAAUCAUCUUAAUCCUAGGACUCCCAUGGAACUAAGGUCCAACCUUAGGGAGAAAUGCAUGGACAAGGACAUAUUGAGAACAACUGUGACCCUUCAGCAGCCAGUGGAAUUAAAUGGCGAGGAUGAGCUUGUAUUUACUCUUGUGGAAGAGUUGUCUAUUGGCAGUAUUGUGGACAAUGGAAGGCCCUCUAGUAUUGUUAGUUUCAAUAGUGACUGUUCUUUACAGGCACUUGCUUCAGGUUCACGACCUGUAAGCAUCAUUAGCAGUAUCAAUGAUGAAUUUGAUGCCUAUACAUGCAGUCUUGGUAGCUCAGAGGCUAACAGUAAAAUUGUGGCACCACCACAGGAGAAAGCAAUUGCUUCAUUGGGGAGCUGUGGUUCGUCUAUUACCUCAUGGCUUAGCGAAGUAAGUGUCUGCACCCUGGAGAGUGAAGGUGCCCAGUCAUCAGAGGUCUUCUUCCCUCAUGGUACUUAUAUAGGCCCAGACAGUGAUUUUCACCUUGAAUCUCCAAGCAUCUUCCAAAACAGGCCCCAGAAGGAACCCAAGAACUCUUUGAAUGAUAGUGGCUGUAGCAUCUCAGAGUUGGACAGUGACAGUGCUACAUCAAGCAAGCUGUCCCUUAGCAGGUGCCCAUCCUCUCCAGAUGCCACAAAACUAUCCGGCAAAAGUUUGCCAAAACUGGCAAAGGCAAACACCAUUCAUUUAUCUGGUCCCCAGUCCUUUCAAGACUCUCAAGUUGUUCAGUGUAGUCUUUCCAGGAAAUUUAAACCUACCUCAUCCAUUACCCAGACUAGCAGCAUUAGUGGAAGCAGCUCCAGUAGUAAUUGGAGACGUGAGCCACCUAAGCAAGACUGCAUACCAGAUAAUCCAUGGCAUCGAACUGAUAGCUCAUUGGAGUCUUCAAUAACCUCUAAUUCAAGUUCUUUGUCCAAACUGGGUAAAAAUGGAAUGAGUGGAAUUCCUACAAGAAAAGCAGGCACAAUCAACAGCAGUGUACCUCGAAUGCCUAAGGCACUGGGGUCAAUUCCAUCUCAAAGGGUGGUGGAUGGAUGCGAAAAAUCCAGUAACAGCAGAAAGAUUGAGUUCCCCAGCAAAAUGCCACAGCUCAGACGAGGGGCAACAACACUUGGGACUGUCCCAGUAAUUCAUACAUCAAAUGAUGUCAAAGUUGCUCAAGAUAUUAAUUUAUCAAUGGGUAAUUUAAAGUGCUCUUCUUUAGGAAAAAGUGGAAGGACCAACAAGCAGGAGGAGACUAUGUCAAAACUUGCCAAUGUAUCACCUCCUCCCCCUCCAAUUCGUAAAUCCAGUUUGGAUCAAAAGAAUCGAUCCCUGUUUCCCCCAAGUGCCUUCAAGUCUGCUUAUGAUGCAGGAAAGUCUUUAGCACCAAGGGCUACAGGUUCUGAGGAUGAGAUUGAUCUUCAAUGUAAGAGUGAUUCAAAUAGUUUAAGAGCAUCUAACCUAAAGUCUGACCAUAGUUUGAUAAAAGCAACCUGUAGUCUCAAGACUAGAGGAACUAGAGGUGAUACAGGACUGCUUUAUGGAAGCCAGAUAUCUUUGGAGAGAUGUGACAGUUUUUCAUCUUUGGGGUCUAAACCUGCCCUUAGUAGAGAGAACAGUGGAACUAGUCUUAACAGCAAGUCAAGCAAAUCAGUCAGUAGGUUUGGAUCACCUGUUGCCACUUCCUCCCCGAUUGCUACCUCUCCACCUCCAUGUAUAAACCCUGUGACCACUGUAAAAUCUGGGCUAGUCAAAGGCAGCCUUAAUGCAAGACCAAUACCUGUUAAUGCAAACAAAACUCGUACAUUGUCUGCAAGCAACUCCAAAGCCCUAAACUCAUCAACUAAGUCUCUUGCUUCACCUGCUACAAGGAAUGCCAACCUCCCACCUUCAGGAAAGACUGCAUUACCUAGGGCAGCAGUAGGAGGUAAUAAUAAAUUGACAAGAGGAACUAUAAUGGGUACCAAGCAAGCAAUGUGGGCAGCAAAUAGUCGUGUUACAGAGUUGGCAACAGCCAAUCCUUCUGGAAAACACCCAAGAGUAUCGGGUGAUUCAGACAGUGGCAACGACAGUGGAGCAAACCUCAAUGAUGAUAAGCAUACCCCUAUUCCCAUUCUCCCAUCUCCAUAUAGUAAAAUUACAGCCCCCAGAAGACCUCAGCGUUACAGCAGUGGGCAUGGAAGUGAUAACAGUAGUGUCUUAAGUGGAGAGUUGCCCCCUGCCAUGGGCCGAACAGCACUGUUCUACCACAGUGGUGGAAGCAGUGGUUAUGAGAGCAUGAUCCGUGACAGUGAGGCUACUUGCAGUGCCUCUUCAGCCCAUGACUCCAUGAGUGAGAGUGGAAUGUCCUCUUCUGGUCGCACAAGGAAUUCUAAAACACCCAAAAAGAGGUCAAAUGGUCUUCAGAGGCGACGUCUCAUCCCAGCUCCCUUGCCAGACACUUCAUCCCUGGGUAAGGCUGGGACCACAGGCCAGUGGGUGGACCUUCCUCCUAUGUCUGGACCAUUGAAAGAGCCUUUUGAGAUCAAGGUGUAUGAGAUUGAUGACGUGGAACGGCUUCAGCGUCGAAGACAGGAAAAGGCAGACGAGGGCCUGUACUUUAACAGUAAAUUGAAGGUUCUUGAGAAACGACAGCAGCAGAUCAAAGAUCUCAAAACAAAGCAUAAGACUCUGAAAGAGGAACUUGAGGACACCAAGUCUAGACUAAUGAUGGACCCCAGCAAGUGGAUAGAAGAGUUUGAGGUGGAUCAGGAUUUGGAUCAGGAGUCGCAGGAGUACCUGGAGGGAUUGGAGCAGGCCACGGCUGAACUGGAGUAUUGCGUUAACCUAUGCAAGUCACGCAUCAUGAUGGUGACCUGCUUCGAUAUCCGAGUAGCAUCUAAUGUGCAGGAAGGUCCGCGUGAGGUGGAGGUAUAAGAGCAGGAUUUGGUGAUUGAUGGACAGCGAGACAGAGAUGGUGAGAUGGAGUAAGACAGGACCCUGGAUGUCUGAAAGAAGGAUAGUGAAAUGUAGCAGCCUGUCCGACGAUUCUGAGAACAUGAAAGCGGAACAAAGCAAGAUCUUAACAAUAGGACACGGAAGUCUGCAUGAAGUACGAACUGGUUACCUUAGUGGGGAAGUGAAACCGUUCUGGUUUAUAUAUGCAGUGCCUCAUAAAAACAUACGGUAUUGACUUGUAGAAACGGAAAACAAACAAGCUUUGAUGUGUUUCCCAACUUGAGGAAAGAAAAAAAUAAUUCUCAUUUACCGAAGAGUUAUACAACCACACCAAAAAGUGCCUUUUUCAUAUGACUGUUUUUUAGAUUGUUUGUCAAUCAUUAUUUUUUCUACAGGUGCUAUGACCAGCAUACCCAAACCGAACCAUAUAUAUUUUUAUUAUUUUGUUGUAUUAUAUAUUGUAUUUAUAUGAUCAUGCAGUGUGUAAAAUAUGAUUUUGGUUGCGAAAGGAGAGCAAUAAGCUGAUUAUUCACACUUUGCCUCCUGUCUUAUCACCUGUCCGCAUAUUGUUAUUAAACCAUUUGAGCCUUAUGUUCUAUUUCUGUUUACUGUCUGAGCGUUUUUCUACUUUGCGAAUAAAGGAUCUCUUUUUGUACAAACCGUUAUAAAAGUCACUGAAAAUUGACAGUCGUUUGUGACGCAAACCAGCUUUCAUAAAGACAAAUCUCAUUCUAAUUGUUUGCCUUGAAUUUUCUAAGCUGGAUGCAUAUAACCAUUGAUUUUUACUGAUAACAACACUUGAUAAUAAUACAUGAUUAUCUGAAUUGGUACUACAUUUGCCUACAAGGUGCUCAGCCACAUUGAAUGUACAUUUAUGUACAACUGAAUGAUCAACCAAUAAAUUUCAGGAAUGUAAAAUCUCGUUAUGGUCCUAAUAGGAUGAACACAUCCAUGUUGUGUGUCAUAGUGAGAUUAAAAUGCAAAUUGAGCUUCUUGUUUACUUUAAAUAGACACUUUGGCAAAGGGCAUUCAUCAGUGGAUCCUGACAUGUCUAACUCAGCCUCUCUUUCUCUCUCUCUCGCUCUCUCUCUCUCUGGACACUAUGUAAUUAAAACGUUAAAGAGCUUGGUGCAUGAUUAAUGUGGGGUGAGGUGACAUUUGUGCGGUACAGAAAAGAGUCAGUCAGUCUCUAAAUACCCAGUCAAAGAGUGACUUCAAAGUAAAUUAAAAAAUUGAUAAGAUUGAACAAAUUGUGGCCACUUUAAUGGCAUAUUUAAUGCAAUUGAAUGGACAGUUCACCUGUAUGUCUUUCUUCCAUGGAACACAAAAGGGAUGGUAAGUUGGAUGUCAAGGACUGACGGCCUCUGUCACUAUUAACUUCCAUUGCAUAUUUUUCAAUAUAAUGAAAGUUAAUGGUGAGUGAGGCUUUGAGUCUUUAAAAUCCAACAUCUUUUAUGUUCCAAAGAAGAAAAUCUGUCAUAACAGUUUGGAACGACAUGGAUAAGAGUAACACACAUUUUUGGGUGAACUCUCAUAGUAAAAUACAUUUUGUAAACUAAGGGAAGGUUGUGCUUUAAUAUAAAUAAUCUUAACUGGCAGUAGGUCCAUGUCGCUAAACAUGAAAACCAUGAAUGGUUCAGGUAAUGACACUACAGUUUGUUUUAAGUGGAUAUAGAUCCAAGCCUUAGUCCUAUGCAUCCAUGCAAAUUGUGGUCUUAAACAAACAACCUCAAAAAUGCAAUAGAAAGCAUUUAGCACAAAUGAUUGUUUUACGUGCUGGCCUUUCUCACAAUUUCAGGAUUAGAUGAUCAAUGUCUUGUUUAAAUGCUGUACACAGCUCGCAUUUCUACGAUGUCACAAAUGCCAUGACAGAAUUUGCAAGCAUUAUGGAAAUGUCAGUGUAUUAACAUAUAGCUGCCGAACGGCUUUCAUGUUUCUUGUCGUCAAAGUAAGACUUUGAAUGACCGUCAGAUACCAUUUAACAUUUAAGGUGUUUUUGUUGCUGACAUCAAAAAGAUUUCUUGGAUUCAUUUACCUUUAUAAACACUCUCAGGCCCGUUUUCAAGAUGCUGCAUGAGAUUUGUAUUUUUUUCUAGACUUCAAUUUCUUUGAAUUUUUUUGAAUGAUAAUGCUGGCAUUCACUAUACUUUAUGAACAUGGAUUUAACUGACACCAAACCUUUUUUGAUUGAAAGCUGACAAUGUAUAUGUGAGUCAUGUUUCAUAUUAAAAUAUUUUCUAUCUUUUUUGUUUUGUAAAGAAUUUCUGACCCUCUGUAUAAAUGUACAUUAUGGCAGCUUGGGAUAACACUGUUUUUCUUGUGAAUAAAUAUGUAAUUCUAAA